AUGUUUCUAGAUGAUGUCCAGAAGUCGCGUCAGUUGAUGUUAAAAAAUAACAAUAAUAAUGCAAGGCAUACUAAUAAAGACCAACCGCAGUGCUCAGACUCCAGGAGCGUUAGUUUGGUUCUAUCCUUAGAAACACAGGGAUGUUUAACCACAUUCGUGCCGAAUAAUUCUGCAAAUGGAAACCCAAUCAUCGCAGUUUUCCCCAGGAUCCAACCAGAAGAAGAGAAGGAUCCCAGUACAAACGUACAAAUUAAUACGUCUAAUCAGUAG